CGCUAAUCUAAUCCACAAGUCAACAAAGAUCCCAAGCAAAGCCGAAAUUAAACAUUAUUAUAUUUUCCACCAUAUCAAUCUCUCACAGCAAAUUCAGCAAUGAGAGUUGUUGAUGCAUCAUCGUUCAUUGACCCCUCUGCUGAAAAUUUGCAAUCUCCGGGACUGGCGCCACCAUAUGCUGCCUCUCCCUCUCCCUCUCCCUCUCCCACGAGGUGGUUGUUCAACCAUGGCGGUCUCACCUGGAACCCUGGUACGGAGAUGGGAACCGCCGAGGAUGCUGCUGCGGCGGCGUUGACGGAGUCGGAAAUGAGUGAAAAAGGUGAGACUAGUGUUGUCCAUCAUCUACAAAGAGAUUCUGAUAAUCACUCUGUUAAUACAGAGAGCGAUUUCCUGUUUGAUAUGGCGGGAGGAAUGAUAAUGAGCCCCCCAAGGCCAGGGAUGAACUUUUCUGGUGAAGAAGCGUUGUUUCUAAGCCCCAAUUUCCACGCCGACAUGGGGAUGGGGGGAGGAAUGAUGAUAAGCAUGAGCCCCCCAAGGAUGAACUACUUUUCCCCGCCGUCCGGUGAUUCCAUCGGAAAUUCCGAUCCAUUUUCAUUGUGCAAUUUUGCAGAUCAUAGUGAGGCUCAAGAGUUAGAAAAUAGGAAGGGAAUUAUGAUGUUGCAGCAGCCGUGCAUACAAGAAGUUGAUGCUGUCUUGGGACAGAAGAAUCAAACCCUUGGAAUUUGGGCAGCAGCAAGCAGGGGAGGGACGGUGCGACAGAGCUGCUUGGAAAUUGGGGAUGAUUACUCUGUUAAUAAUGUAGAUGGGUGGUUCCAUAACCAUAUGCCCACCCAAUUGGCCUCCCAUGAUUCCCUUCCCCUAAGAGGAAGUUUUUACCCAUAUAGAUUUUUGGAUGAGGGAGCGUAUAGUGCGGAGUUGCACAAUAGGGAAACAAUAACCAAGUUUAAAGUUUCAUGGAUUGAUGUGGAUUCUCAACUUUUCUCCCACAAGGAGUUUUGGUUCAAUAUUGCUGUACAGGCAAUGGAAAAAGGAUUGCCUGUGGAACAUACAGAUGUUAAUCUUUCCUUUAAAUUGAAGUAUACUACCUUCAGUAUAAUAGAAGUUGAAGUAGGGAUUCCACAAAACUCAGUCACUCAUCCACCAAGAAGUGCUCAAUUUGGUGUGCGCUGUAGCGCCGUGUAUGAAUUUCUGGAAAAGGAGUUUGGGGAUACUUCCAACAGUAUGCAACCAAUUAUGACACGCUUCAACAUGGCGCCCCAAGAACUUCAGAAUGCGGAUAGUUUGAAAAGGCAGUUGCAAGACAACCUUGAGAGGCUUGUUGCAGAGUUAGAAAAGUGUGACUGGAAACUGAACCCAAUAUGUGAAGACCAUAUUCCCAAAUCCAGUGCAACAAAUGAAGAAAGAAGUAAUUCUGUUGAGUUAGAUAAUAGCAUUGAUGAUGCCAAAGGCGGAAACAGUAGUUCAGACAAAACCCACACUAUCAGCAGGUGGGAGAAAGAUCAUGGAAUUACCCGCCAGGUUCUUCAACGACUGUUUGGCAAGAGUCGCGAUGAUGCUGCUGAAACUCUUAAAGUUAGCACAUCUACAUUUAAGCGAGCAUGUCGGGACUUUGGCAUCAAUAGAUGGCCAAAUCACAAGGGGAAAAGGCCCAAUUGCUCUCUCAACCUAAAACAAGAUGUACAAGCCUUUAAGAAGCAUAAAGGAAUUCAACCAUGUCCUGCUUUGCCUCCUCUACAAGCCACAAAUACAAGCCAAUGUAACAGCACAAUGUCUGUCAAGGUAACCUAUAAAAAUGAUACCAUAAGGUUUCCACUCUCAUCCUCCUCAACUAUCAAAUAUUUGGAGGAGCAUUUGGAAACAAAGCUGAAAAUAUCACUAGAAAAUUUUUCUAUCAAGUAUCAAGAUGAGGAAGACGAGUGGAUUACCCUGACCUGUGAUUCAGAAUUGAUGCACGGUAUGGAAGCGUUGAGAUCAUGUGGCAAGACGGUAAUCAGAAUGAUGGUCACCCCAAAAUUUGACUGAUCUGUGGAUGCACGACUUUUUUUUUUUUCUUCAUUCUGGUGUUGGAACCAUUCUAGGUUUGUUUAGUAACUGGUUUUAUGUAUUUUCUUCCCUUUGUACUCUUUUGUAAUGUGAUAUGUACAAUAUAGCAUACUCUUCUCACUGAUUAUUUAUUUUACUAGACUACUUUGCACUUA